UGCAUGGGGCGGGGCGGCGCAGACGUUGCCCCACCCCGCGGUUGAGGAACACGGAACUGCUGUUUACGCUGCGCUCCGUCUCUGCAGUAACAAGAGGUAAAGACGUACUCUGAAACGCCGAAGACAUCACAAUUUUGGACUGACUGGCGUUUGUGGUGUCGCUAAUUGCAGGAUGUUCCGCGUGCGGGCAUUGUCUGCAGUGUCAGUGGGGCUAGCGCAGUUGUCCCGGCGCUACCACAGUGGGGCAGUGCGAGGGUCUGGCCAGAGGAGGCUGAUGCUGGCAGCCCUGGCCGGGGUGACUGGUGUGUCUGCUAGUGCUGGGCUGCUCUGGAAAAGAGCAUAUGCAGACGCAGGGCCUUCCGUUCGACACUCUGAGCAAACAGGAGGAGAGGACGUGGAGUUUGUGAGGGAUACAGACUCUGAGACCGAGUCAGAGAAAUCGGUGGAAGCCAGCAGUGGAGAUGAAGAAGUAAAGGAUGAAAGUGGAGAGGGGAAAAAAAAGAAGCCACGCUCUGGAUUCCGUGAUCGCAAGGUGAUGGAGUAUGAGAACAGGAUAAGGGCCUACUCGACUCCAGACAAGAUAUUCCGCUACUUUGCUACGCUGAAGGUCAUCGGCGAGCAUGGAGAUGCUGAGGUUUACAUGACGCCCCAGGACUUCAUACGCUCUAUCACACCUAAUGAGAAGCAGCCUGAGAAUCUAGGCCUCGAUCAGUUCAUUGUGAAGCGCUAUGACGGGAAGGACUUCUGGCAGACGGAGAAGAUCGCCCAGGAGAGGGAGACGUUUGCAGAUAAGGACAGCAUAUUUUACAAACUAGGAGAAUGCGGCCUCAUCUCCUUCUCUGACUAUAUCUUCCUCACCACUGUGCUAUCCACGCCCCAGAGGAACUUUGAAAUUGCUUUCAAGAUGUUUGAUCUCAAUGGUGAUGGAGAGGUGGACCUGGAGGAGUUUGAACAGGUCCAGAGCAUCAUUCGUUCCCAGACCAGCAUGGGGAUGCGACACCGCGACCGGUCGACCACAGGAAACACCCUGAAGACAGGGGGCUGCAGCUCUGCUCUCACCACCUACUUUUUUGGAAAAGACCUGAAGGGAAAACUCACCAUUGGCAGUUUCCUGGAGUUUCAGAGGAACCUGCAGCAUGAUGUGCUCAAACUAGAGUUUGAGAGGAACAAUCCUGUGGACGGCAGAAUCACUGAGAGACAGUUUGGAGGUAUGUUGCUGGCCUAUAGUGGCGUCCAGUCUCGUAAACUCAAGCAAAUGCAGAAGGGCUUGAAGAAGAUGUUUAAGGAUGCACAGGGCAUCACAUUUGAGGAGGUGGAGAAUUUCUUCACUUUCCUAAAGAACGUGAAUGACGUGGACACAGCCUUGAGUUUCUACCACAUGGCCGGAGCCUCCAUAGAUAAAGUUACCAUGAAGCAGGUGGCCCGCACCGUGGCCAAGGUGGAGCUGUCGGAUCAUGUGUGCGAUGUGGUGUUCACUCUGUUCGACUGUGAUGGGAAUGGAGAGCUUAGUAAUAAGGAGUUCAUAGCCAUUAUGAAGCAGCGGCUGAUGCGUGGGUUGGAGAAACCCAAGGACAUGGGCUUCACUCGGCUGGUGCGUGCCAUGUGGAAGUGUGCCCAGGAUACCGCCUGGGACUUCGCCACACCAAAGACAUAAUAGACACACGAGGCAACGUGCGAGCAAGAGAGAAAGACAGCGCUCAACGCUUUAAAUAGACGAUUAAUGCAAGGAACUGAUUAGGACUGCAGCUCUGAGGGGCAUCAUCAAUCAUUAACACGUCGCUGUAGAUCGAGUUAUCAAUACAGUGACUAAAGCAUGCUGACACAGCGCAGCGUGUCCUGAGGCUUCUCUAGUGUACCUGUCUUAAGGCAUUGUGGGUAUUUGUAUAUUUUAAAAUAUAACGUCAAACUUUGUAUGUGUAUUUUUGCCAGAUUCUGUAGAGGAAUGCUGUGUCAGUGGGUAACUGUGUGAUGCAUGUAUUUAGCAUGUUUUACUGCAAAAGGCAAGACAAAAAGUGGAAUUAAUCUUAUUUGACCUUCAACUGUAUAAAUGCCACAGUAGGUCUGUUUCAUACUUACAACAGACCCUUUGUUUGUUCUUUGGUGGGACAGAGAGCAGAAGUCUGUUAUCAUGUUAACACCUCUUCAUUCAGUCUGCUAGCUCCACCUGCAUUUUUACUCUUGCAAUUUUUUCCCAUAAAAGACAAUGAUGCUUGUCUCUCUCUACAAUGUACUGUUCAAAGUGUGUAUUCUUCUAAUUACUGUUGCUCACUACAACACUUUAUAUAAGAUGGAUGAUAAAAGAAAUGCUCUAUUAAAGAUGUUUUAAUAAUGUAACACUGAUUAACCUUUAUUUCUAAACCACAGUUCUGCUUGACUUGUAAAUUGGAUUGUUGUCCUGCCAUGUUCUCGUUUUCAUUCUGACUGUGAGAAAAACACAGUGGAGGAUUAGCAAGACAGAUCAAUUGGGCACCAAGGAAGUCAUUUGUCAUGUGUAAUGAAAUGGGGUGUAACAUUUUUAGGGUAAAAAUGCUUGGCUGAUUGUAUGCAUUGGCUUUGAGUGCAUGCCAGAAGAGGAAAAUGCAGUAAUGUUUGUUUGGGUGUGUGUGUGUGUGUGUGUGUGUGUGUGUUUGUGCAAGAGAAGUCAGCGGUUUUGUCUAAUUGAAGUGGACAAGAUGGGGGCAGUCCUCGGCCUCCGCUGCCCAUUAAGAGAUUGUCCCACAGCCCCUUCGCACAAACACUGUGCUGGACUGGCCUGAAACGAGCUGGCUUGCUCUCUUGCUUUCAUUGCAUCUGACAGAUGGAAGUGGUACUCAGGUGCGAUUGCUAGGCAGGAGAUUAGGUUGAAGGGCCUCUCAUCAGUAUUCCUCACUCAUGUUCUUUUUAGACCUUAAGGCUGGUAUUACAAUCACAUGGAACGUAAAAUGAUUUUUAGCAGAACAUCUUUUAUCCUCACAUUUUUAUCAACUUUACAACACUCCCCUU